UCAGCUGUCAUUUCUCCUCUAACCCCGUGGUGUUGACUUGCUGUCUCUGCCAACAUGGGUCUAAUCACGGGAGUGUGCACCUUCUUAUACCACCUACCCCAGAUUUAUAAAUGGCUGCUGAAACCUUAUUAUAUCUCCUCGUUCUUCAUGACCAUCGCCUUCUUGGUGGUACGAAAGGCUCCCGGUCUGUGCGAGCACCUGGCGACCCAGCGGGAGGACGGCAACUCCUGCGACUUCGACUGGAGAGAACUGGAGAUUCUCAUGUUUCUCAGCGCAAUAGUGAUGAUGAAGAACAGGAGAGCCAUCACACUGGAGCAGCACAUAGGCAACUUGUUCCUCUUCAGUAAAGUGGCCAACGUCAUCCUCUUCUUCAGGCUCGACAUUCGGCUCGGCAUCCUUUACCUCGCACUGUGUGUCGCUUUCCUCAUGACCUGUAAGCAGCCUCUCUACAUGGGCCCAGAGUACAUCAAGUACUUCAGUGACAAGACCAUAGAUGAGGAGCUGCAGAGGGACAGUCGUGUCACCUGGAUUGUUGAAUUCUACGCCAACUGGUCCUCUGACUGCCAGUCCUUCGCUCCCAUCUUUGCCGAACUUUCUCUCAAGUACAACUGUGCGGGACUCAGGUUUGGGAAGGUGGACAUCGGACGCUAUGGAGAGGUUUCACAGAAGUACGGGGUUAGUACUUCCCCUCUGGCCAAGCAGCUGCCCUCACUGUUGCUUAUUCAAGGAGGGCGGGAAAUUAUGAGACGUCCAAUGGUGGACAAUAAAGGGAGAGCGGUGUCUUGGACCUUCAAUGAGGAGAACAUCAUCAGAGAGUUUAACCUCAACGAGCUCUUCCAGAAAUCCAAGAAGCUGAACAAAGGUCGCGGCAUCAAGGGAGAGGAGCAGGAUGUCUCUCAGCCAGAGGAGGGCAGCAACGGGCAGCAAGCUGACACCACCACCCCAGAGCAGCCCACAGAGAGCAAGAAAGACCAGUGAGGUGAAGAGGAUGAUAGGGAGAGAGGCCGCAUGAAGUCUGUCCUUUUCUUCAAACAUUGCCAUGCCUUAUGUUUUUGCCAAAAUCCAGAAUAUAAUGGAAUGGAGAGAAGGAAACAGGUUCAACCACUACUAGAUGUCAUCUCUACGCUAAAUCUUUACUGUGGGCAAAUACCCCAAAACCCUGGACCACAUUUCCCUGGUUUGACUGGGUAUAAACGUAGUGUGGUUUGAAUGCAGCCUUGCAAAAGAUCAAGCAAUGAUCUGGGGACAUUUUAUUACAGACCUUAAGUUAUUUGAGAAUAAAUGACUUUUUUUGUAAUGAUUGUUUUUUUUUUGGGUACUUUCAGCAUUAUCUCAUCACUACAUUUGCUGCCUGUAUUUUGCAACUAGUGUGUUUACUGAUGUGUCAUAUUUCUAAACCAAAGUAAAAGGUGAGAGGUGAAACUGAAAUAAAAAUGACUGCGUGCACAGUUA